GCCACUGAUUUCUUCGCCCAGCCAUUAUCUCGCCUUAAAAAGCAGAGGCAUGACAUGCAGAAAUCCAGCAGGGGAAGUUUUUUUUCUCGCCGCGUCUGCCCCUGUUGUGUUUCUGCCUGCUAUGGCAAACAUGCAGGAAGCCUUCCGUGAGGGUGGGUGGAAUUGCUACCUUUUAUCGGAUGGUUGGAGAAACGGGCGGGGGAUCGUUCAGCGGCAGAACAGACGUGCAAAGUCCUCCUCCAAUGGUAGCUCCAGUUAGGAAGGAUCGCGCAGCGAGGAAUGGAAAGGCCCUCCUCUGCCUGAGGCCCUGGAAAGCCAUUUCCAGUCAGAAGAGACAAUACUCAACGAGAUGGACACAUAAUCUGCCAUGCUGGAGUUUGCUGUCCAGAUGGUGUGUCAGAAUUGUGUUGAGGCCAUUCAGUCAUCUCUGCAGGGAAUACCAGGCCUCCAGGUGCUUAACAUCCAGCUAGAAUCACAGAGUGUGCUGGUGGAGACUAGCCUUGGUGCUGAGAAGGCCCAAAGCCUAUUGGAGAGCACCGGACGCAGUGCUGUGCUGAAAGGGAUGGGGGCUGCAGUGCCUGGGAGUCUCGGUGCUGCCGCUGUGGCAAUGGUGUCUGGCCCAGGGUUGGUCCAGGGUGUGGUGAGGUUCUUGCAGCUGUCCCCACAAAGCUGCCUCAUUGAUGGCGCCAUUGAUGGUCUGGAGCCGGGGCUGCACGGCCUGCAUGUGCAUGAGUUUGGGGAUGUCACCAAUUCCUGCGACAGCUGUGGAGACCACUUCAAUCCUCAUGGGGAAUGUCACGGGGGCCCCCAGGAUGUUCAUAGGCAUGCUGGGGAUCUUGGAAAUAUCUUGGCAGCUGAUGAUGGAAGGGCUUCCUUCCGGAUGGAAGACAACCAGCUGAAGGUUCAUGACAUCAUUGGCCGUUCACUGGUGGUAGACGCAGGGCAGGACGACUUGGGCCGCGGAAGCCACCCGCUCUCAAAAGUCACUGGAAAUUCGGGUGAGAGAGUGGCCUGUGGAAUCAUUGCACGCUCUGCCGGCCUCUUCCAGAACCCCAAGAAAAUAUGCACCUGCGAUGGAGUGACGCUGUGGGAAGAACGGGAGUGGCCUGCAGCCAGGCCAGACCGGAAAGCUGCUGGCCAACCCACCCCUCAUCUCUAGGCUUUGAAGUUCUGCCCAGGCUCUCUUUGGGCUAGGACAUCCCAAGGGUUCCAGCUGCUUUCAUUUUCCUGUGUGUCCUAAGUGCAAUGUGUUAGGCAGGAGUUCAACAGGUGCUGCUUUGUAGUGGCGUAGUAAUGGCAAGCGCUUAGCCCCUUGAGUGUCUUAAUUGUGAAGUUCUUAAAAGGCACUGGAGGAGGAAAUGUAGCCUAUUCAGCAGUGACAUGGUAAAGCAUCAGUCCUUGUGAGGUAUGUGUCAUAUGAAUAUUAUCCCUUGUCUGAAUUCUAAAAUAGUCAUUUAUGAGCAAAGAGUUUGUUGGAAAGUGUUGUUGCUCUUCCAGUGUCUUUGGGCCACCCAUAAACAAGUCUGCUAGCUUUAUCUUUGGGUGUUUCAAGUGCCUUAUUUUCAGACACACUCACUUUGAUUGUAGCCAAUGAGUCCUACUCUCAAGUAUAUCCAAUGGAAAUCAGUGGACUUAAGUUAAUCAUGGCCCUUGGUUUCAAUGGGUCUACUCUGGUAGGACUUCGCUGGCUGCUUCUCACUUUCUUGACCUUCUCUGUUGCCAAUUAAGGAUCUUGGUUGAACUUUGGAGGUGGUGUUUUCUGCAAUAAACCUUCACUAUGAUUCUGUAUAUAAUCCAAGGUAAAUGAACACAACACUUAACCAUUGGUACUCCAGGUCUUGUUGGACUCCCAACUCCCAUCAGCCUUGGCCAUUGGCCAGUGCUGGCUGGGGCUGUAGAGAGUUGAAGUCCCAGAACACCUGAAGGGACACACAGGUUUCCCAUCCUUGCCCUUGGGACAUAGAGUUGGGGAAGGUAAUGGGUGUCUAUCCCCCCCUCUUUCAGUGCAUGUUUAAUGAGCAGAAUAGGGAAACUAAUCCAGCUUAAUAAUUGUGAGUAUGGAAACACAGGAGGGGGCGUUAUUGUGAAUUAAUAAAUAAAUGCACGGUAGUUGUCAUGUUGGGUUUGUGGCUGCCUUAUGUACUACAGUGCAUGUUUUGGGGAGAUGGGAAGGGGAAUCCAUGACUUCUGAGGUGUGCAUACUCUAGACCCGUGCCAUUAUGCUCUUAAUAGAACCAUUAAAACUUAAAAUUCUUUUUAGUA